AUGAUGCGGUUCUUGUGGAUGCGUACGAUCCUGAUGGGAAUGUGCCAGCUGCCUUGUGGAGCAGGGGCGAAGGCCUCGUUGAAGCUCUCUCGGACGGCCUCUUACGGCCCCGCGGUGUCGUUGCCACGAACUUUUUGCCGCAUGUCGACUUGGCGGCCCCUUUAG